AUGUCCGUACACUGGCUGUCUCAACCGCCCACAGUUUAUAGGGACUCUAUCUACGUUUGUAACGACAGCCUUGAGGAAGAAAAAGAAGCAUUGAGGAAACAGGCCCAAAUGGACUGGGAGAAGUUCCUGCUGAUGAGGAGUAGGGAAUUGAGAGAAGGUGGGGUACUUUUUGUUGGUGCGCCUGCUGCUUAUAUGGAUGAAAAGACUUGUCGAGUAAGGUUUUCUGGAGAAACGUUAGUGACUCAGAUGACAGACAUAUGGAAAUCAUUCACAGUCUCUGGCAAAAUCACAAGACAAGAAUUUAUUAAAACAAAUAUCUCGUUUUGUUUGAGGAAUCUUCUGCAAAUGCGAGAGCCAUUCGAAGCAGAGAAUUCCCAGAUCACAGCAUCAGGACUGAGUCUUUUGUCAUCCGAAAUAAUUUUAAACAAAAACAUUUACUAUUCUUCAUGGAUACAGAAGAAAGACGAGGAGGGAAUUGAUGACAGGGAGGAGUUUGCCGAAAUGAUGGUGUCGGCCCACCGGAACUGGAGCAACCACAGCUUCAUGGCAGGUCUCUCAGACACCCGAUCACUGAAAGAAAAGAAACAAAUUCUCGAUGAAUUCUACACUAAUCUCAACAUGGAAAUUGCAAGAAUGAAUCCUGAACUGUUUAAGCAUGACUAUUCGUCUGAUAAGUAUCGCGAAAAAGAGUUUGACAACAAACACGAUGAUGAAAAUGAUGAUAAAGAGGACGAUGACUUCGAAGAUACGGACACCGACGUUGUGGAUGACUUAGAUCCCUACAAUCCGUCUGACAAGCAGUACAUCCAGGAUUCUCUAGGUUCAUGCCUGAAGUAUUACACCAAAAUAUUCCUGCCACCGAGACCAGAUCCACACAAACCACAACGUCCAGUAGUUCCCAAAGGCAAAAUGUGGACAGACCCAGACUUUCCUCGACCAAUGAAAAUUAAACUGAACAAAAAAGUGUGUUUGCUAGAAUGGAAGAGGCCACACAAAAUCUAUAGUAACCCAGUUCUUUUCCAUGAACAAACUGAGAGAGGUGAUAUCAACCAACGCAGUUUUGGAACAUGUUGGUUUUUAGCGAUGGUUGCAAACAUAGCAGAGAACCCAGUUCUUCGACGAAAGGUGAUCAACGAAAUGUCCUAUACUCCCAGAACGGAUGGAGUCUUCCACUGCAGGAUGUGGCGGUUUAGGGAUUGGGUGGACAUCUACACUGAUGAUUUAUUGCCUGUCAGGAAGAAAUCAGUGUUCCUGUUUGGGGCUGCCGCUCCUUCUCUCUCCGGCGAGGUGUGGGUCUCCCUGCUGGAAAAGGCCCUUGCAAGGCUCCACGGAUCCUACAGCGUUGUUGAAGGGGGUUGGCCAAGCGACGCCUACCUGUCCCUGACCGGAGGGGUGGCAGAGACGAUAGACUUUGCUACCUACAACGACCACCCCUACGACCUUUUCCGGCGAACAGCGAAUGCGCUUGGCAGUGGCGGCCUGGUGACUUGCUGUAAUCUUGCGGACGAAGAUAACAUGGGACUGGUUAGAGCGCAUGCUUACUCCCUGACCGGCGCUGAAGUGGUAAUGCGACAUGACGGCGAAAUGAUCCCUCUGGUCCGAAUUCGUAAUCCACAUGGCCAUCAGAGCGAGGAGUGGCAUGGAAAAUGGAGUGACAGGUAG